AGAUGCUAUUAUCCUUGAACUCACCAACCAAAUCAUGCCCAUCUUCUUUUACUUCCUCUAGUUUUCAAUUCAUUUUUUCCACCCUUCAAAUUUGUAGCAUUUUAUACUUUUGAUCAUUAUUAUUCUUAACAAAAAAAAUGGCUGUAGCUGCCAUGGUUUCUUGUGGAUGUACACUUGGUGUUUACAACACCAAAUUAGUUGCAUUUGAAAAACACCCCAUCAUUUCCAAAACCACAUUCUUUACUUCAGCAGAUCCUGUUAUUAAACAUUUAUGUUCUUCUACUAAAUCAAGAUUGUCAUAUUCAUUGAGUACUAUGAUUCCAAAAGCAUCAGCCACAGCUAUUGAGGAUGGAAGUUAUCAGGAAACCGAUGUCGUUCCAACACCAAAAGUUAUAAUUGAUCAGGACUCGGACCCGAAUGCAACUGUGGUUGAGAUUACAUUUGGAGAUCGCCUUGGAGCGCUUCUUGACACUAUGAAUGCUCUUAAAAAUCUUGGACUAAAUGUUGUCAAAGCAAAUGUUGUUCUGGAUUCUUCUGGAAGGCAUAACACAUUUUCAAUCACUAAAGCCUCAACAGGACGUAAAGUUGAUGACCCAGAGUUGCUUGAAGCGAUUCGUCUAACAAUAAUUAGCAAUCUUCUUGAAUAUCACCCGGAAUCAAGCGCCCAGUUAGCAAUGGGAGAAGCCUUUGGAGUUGAAGCACCAAAACAAAAGCUUGACGUCGAUAUUGCAACACGCAUCCGUAUAAACGAUGAUGGACCUGAUCGAAGUCUUCUCACAGUGGAAACAGCAGAUCGGCCUGGAUUACUGGUAGAUCUUGUGAAGAUUGUCACUGAUAUAAAUGUUGCAAUAGAGUCAGGAGAAUUUGACACCGAGGGUUUGUUGGCCAAGGCCAAGUUCCAUGUCAAUUACAAGGGAAAAUCCCUUAUCAAACCGCUUCAACUGGUUGUCUCCAAUAGUUUAAGGUACUUUUUGAGGCGACCAUCAACCGAGGAGUCUAGUUUUUGAAAAAUACACGAUUAUCGGUUCACAGGAGGAAAGUCAGUUCUACGACAGACAAACGGUGUUUUGGCAUUGUUAUACCCAUUCAUGAAACAUACUUGGGAAGCUUACAUUAUUACAAAUUGUAAAGUUAUUUACGUAUAUAUGAUGCCAAAUAAUCUGCAUUGAUGGUCUUAACUCUCUGUUAUACCAAUGUUUAAACUUUAAAACUCA